UCGCGUAAUCUCUAUUACUCUCUUGUUAUUGCGUAAGCUUCCCGCAAGGCCGUACAACUCAAGCUGCUUUCUCUGCUUUCUUUCCAGCUUCUAGGGUUUUACAUACACACACUCUCUCUCUCUCUCCUUACCUGCAAAAACAUGAGUCGUCAUCCGGAGGUGAAGUGGGCUCAAAGGGUGGAUAAGGUUUUCAUUACUGUGCUUUUGCCUGAUGCAAAGGACGCCAAGGUUAAGCUUGAACCCGAGGGAGUGUUCAGCUUCUCGGCUAGUGCUGGUGCGGAGAAUCACCAGUAUGAACUCAAACUGGAUCUUUUUGAUAAGGUUAAUGUGGAGGAAAGCAAAAUUAAUGUUGGCGUGAGGAGUAUCUUUUGUAUUGUGGAGAAGGCGGAGCCAGCAUGGUGGAAUAAGCUAUUGCGUGGAGAUGGAAAGAUGCCGCAUUAUGUCAAAGUAGAUUGGGACAAAUGGGUAGAUGAGGAUGAUGACACUGCCGCAGGAUCAGGUCCUGGUGACAUGGAUUUGGGAGGAAUGGAUUUCUCGAAAUUUGGUGGCAUGGGAGGUGAUGAUAUGGGAGGAAUGGGUGACUUUGAUGACAGUGACGAAGACCUAGAACUGUCAAAGCCAGAAGACGAGGCCACCGACAAGAAGGAAGCCGAAGAGCAGGAUGCUGGUAAGGCCGGAGCUGGUACUUCGGAAGAGAAAAAGGAAGCUACUACGAACGCAUAAUUUUGUGUUACUGACCCUUGCCGAUAGGGUCAGCCAAGCUCUUGCAUGGCCAUGGAGUGUUUUCUUCUCUUUUUUUCACCUUAGUUACUAAGGGUGUGUUUUUAUCUAACCGUGCGAAUCAAUCCUUACCCGUCAUUCAUGUUAGCUGAAUGAUGAGUUCUUCUGGGUUUAGAGAAGUUGCGGUACGCAGCGUGUUGUACUUUUACUUAUUUGUUUCAUGGAUCUGGAUUUUAAGGAUUUUAAGGAUUUUAAUCCUCCUAGUAGUGUCCUUUUUUAGGCACCCAAGCCCUCUGAGUGAUGGAUAUUUGAUUUGUUUGCCUGCUUAUGAGUAAACCCUCUUACACUAUGA